UGACUAUGUACAAAUGGUAUGGUGUAGUUUUACUGUUGACGUCAGUCGCUUUGUUGACAAAUCGAAUCCGCGCGAAAAUUUUCACGAAAUUCACGUGAAAGUUGUGAAUUAUGGCUUCAGAAGGCACCAGCACGUCGUCGGAUAAAGAAAGAAUGGAAGCUUGUGAAUCAGCUGUCAACAUUCUUGCCCAGGGCAAAAGAAAUAUGGUAUGUGGGGAGAUACCAACUGCAGUGAACCAGUUUCAAGAGGCAUGUGCCAUACUCUCAAAAGCCUACGGUGAAACUGCUAAAGAAUGUCCCAGAGGGCCUACUUUGUUAGGGGACACCCUUUGUUUAAAAUUUGGUCGAAGGGAAGAAGGGGAGUGCGGGAAACCCCCCUUUCAAGGAGAUAACAUAUUGUGUAAUUUGGCAGUGCCUGAAACGGAUGAUGAAUCUACUGAACAGAAAGAUGAACAGUUUGAAAAAGUGGAAAUAGAUGCCCCUGAACGAGAGAAGUUAAGAAAGGAAGUUUAUGAUGCUAUGGGAGAAAAAGAAGCAGAAAAGAAAGAAAGGGAAUUAAUAGAAGCUGAGAAAAAAAAGGAGACUGAUGAAACCAAGAAAACUGAGUCUGAAACGAUGGAAGUUGCCAUGGAUACUGAAGCUGAAGAUAAAACUCAGAAAGAAGACAAACCUGAAAAAGAUGCCAAAGCAGAACCUGAGAAAAAAGAUGAUAAAGAUGUAAAGGAGGAGACAGACAAAACUGAUAAGAAAACUGAUUUGAAAGAUGACAUUUCAGAUAAAUCUGAAGAAAAGACCAAAGAUAAACCAAAGACCGAAGAUGAAAAACCUAAAGAUGUUGAAAUGAAAGAUGGAAAGAAAGAGGAGGAAGAAGGAAGUGCAGAGGAGGGUGAUGAAGAAGAGGGUGAAGGUACCGAGGAAGAAGGGGAGGGCACAGAGGGCGAGGGCACAGAGGCUGAAGGUGAGGCUACAGGUGAGGAAGGCGAGGAAACUGCAUCACAAGAUGGCUCACAGGAUGGUGAAAAUGCAGAUGAUGUAUCAAAUUUACAGCUUGCCUGGGAAAUGUUAGAGCUUGCUAAACUUAUAUACACAAAAGAUGAUUCUAAAGAGGCAAAACUCCGAGCAGCAGAAUCUCAUCUUAAACUUGGGGAAGUUAGUUUAGAGACGGAGCAAUAUGAAGAAGCAACAAAAGAUCUGAACAAAUGUUUAGAAUUACAGAAAGAAUUGUUAGAGCCUGAUAACAGAUUACUAGCAGAAACACAUUACCAACUAGGGUUAGCAUAUUGUUUUAAUAAACAGUUUAAAGAAUCAACUGACAGUUACCAGGCAGCUAUCAAAGUUAUAGAAGAAAGAAUAACAAAUCUUGAUAAAGUCUUAGAAAAGGCCACUGAAGAGGAAAAACAAACCAAGGACUUUGAUAGUCCAAUAUACAAGGCUGUAAAAGAAAUUUCCGAACUAAAAGAACUACUCCCAGACAUUAAAGCCAAGGUUGAUGAUGUUGAAGAUGAGAAAAAGAAUAUGGACGAUCUUAAAAAUCUUGCCAAGGAGGCUUUGGGAGGUUUGUGUUCAAGUUCGGCACCAGCAGAAAGUGCACCAGCUCCCCCCAAGGACGAUGUUAAAGCUUCCGAUAUAAGCCAUCUAAUAAAAAGAAAGAGAAAAUCGGAGGAGGCAGAAGAUGAAAGUGCCAAGAAGCCAAAACAAGAAGCUGGAGAUGGUGAUGCUAAAGUAAAUGGUACAUCAGACAAGAAGGCAGAAGAAGCAAAGCCAGAAGCUAUGGAAACUAAAUCCUGAAAAAAAUUAGGCAGAUCAACUGGACUUGGCUUAGACUUGGUGAAUUGUGUUCAAAACUUUACAAUAUCAUAUGGCUAGUGCUUUAAGCACAUGAUGAAUUAUUGGACAAAUUAUGAAAACAAAAUUCAUUGAGCCAAUGUUAGUAUAUCAAAAGUGUUGAGUGAAUAUUUGGUGCCAUGUUAAAUGUUUGAUACCAAUUUCACAUUAUUGAGUGUAUAUAGGCAGAUGACAGUAGCUGACAUGUAGAAGGUUUCAUUAUUCUCAGUGUUCAUCUUUAUGUAGUGAUUUAAUACAUUUGUUCAGCAA